AUGGCCAAGAUCAGUCAAGGUAAAUAUCAAUUUAAUGAAGACCAACAUAAUGGAUAGCAAGAUACGUGAACGAAGCAAAUCGAGUGGAUGAAAAAUUUAUGAAGAAUGAUGAAAAUUGAAUAAAAAUUGAAUGAAGUACGAAUAGUCAAUAAAGAUGUAUGAAAUGCUAAGAUUUCGAAGUAGUGACAAUCGAACCUUAUCGAGGAAAACAAAUGACAAGGACAACGUGUAUUACAGGAAGCGAUGCCGAAUAAGUCUUCGAUAUUUAAGACACCAACAAACAUCCGUUAUAGAGAUAGUUCGACAUGUAUUUUGUAAAAUCCUAGUUGGAGUACUAAGGACAUAACAUACUAACAAAUAUAGACGUUUCUUCUUCCCGUUCUAAAGCUAGAAAGGCUCACUUCUCUUCCUCUUCUGUUGAAAGAAGAGCUUUGAUGUCAGCUCCAUUAUCUAAGGAAUUAAGAGAACAAUACAAGAUCAAAUCUAUCCCAAUCAGACAAAAUGACGAAGUCUUAGUUGUCAGAGGUUCCAAGAAGGGUUCCGAAGGUAAGAUCUCUUCUGUUUACAGAUUGAAAUUCUCCAUCCAAUUGGAAAAAUUACAAAAGGAAAAGUCCAACGGUGCUUCUGUCCCAAUCAACAUUCACCCAUCUAAGGUUGUUGUCACCAAAUUACACUUAGAUAAAGAUAGAAAGGCUUUAAUCCAAAGAAAGGGUGGUAACGCAGAAUAA